AUGUCAAUUCAGAAGGCCAUUAGAAAAACGCACUAUGCUGAGAAAAGUCUAUUGGAGGAUGACUACAGCGAAGAGGAGCUUAACAAACUUAUGAAACUUCACUUCUCAUACUAUCGCAUAAUUCCAUCACUGGAAGUAAUAAUAUCGGAUGUAGUGCAUCAAGAUGCUUCUAAACUUAUUAAAAGUCUACCUCUUAGCAAUGAUUCGAUUCGUCGAAGAAUUGAUCAAAUGGGUGACAAUGUAAAGGAAAUCCUUAUUGAAAGACUGAAGCGAAGUAAGUUUUCAUUACAAAUUGAUGAAAGCGUCAUUGUAGAUAGUAAAGCUGUUUUAAUGGGAUUUUUUGAAAACAUUUCACAACUAUCCGAGAUAAGUAAAUAUUUUAUUCAAAACAAUAUUAUGACAUAUUGUCAACAUUUGACGGAACUAGAAGCGGAUAUAUCUCUUAGGUUCAAAGAUUUGUUUGAUUUGGAAUUUGAAGCAUGGAUGAUUGAUCCGUUUUCAUGUGUGCCAGAAGAUAUGAACGAAACAAUCCAAGAAGAGAUAAUUGAAUUGAAAUAUAAUGAAGAAUAUAUUCACAGAUUUCAACAGGAUGGUAUCUCUAAAUUUUGGCAAUCAAAAGAUCUAAAAAUGAAAUUUCCAAAUUUAUGGAAGGAAAUGAGUAAUGUACUAUUGACAUUCCCUACCACUUAUUUAGUUGAAAGUGGAUUUAGUUUUGUCAAUCAUAAUACACAAUGUGAAAGAAAUAGACUGGAAGUGUGUUAUAGAGGCGAUAUACGCCUAAAGUUGAGCAAAAUUAAACCCGACAUAGAAUAUUUAGCGAGUAAACAUCAAUAUCAAGGGUCUCACUAA